UUGGGAUUGCUCUUUCCCGGGUGUGUAACGGAGAAUAAAAGUUAAGAGGAGUUCAGACGCUCUCGUUUAUUGUUUUCUUAUUCAUUAGUGUUUAGGCGAACUCUGCACGAACGCUCGUUACAAUCGCAAAUGUUUAGGCAGGAGUGUGUACCUGUUGAAAUGUGGAUCGCCAAACGCUGCACGCCGUAGAUCAGGCACGGUGCCGGAGAACUUUAAGCCCUGCAAACUAGAUGAGCUGGAAGAAGAAAACAGAAGGAAGUCGAGAUGAACAGCACCACUCACCCUGAAAUCAGUGUUGAUCAGAAAGCUGAGACAGGAGCAACUUUAAAUGCUCCCACAUUGAUUGGAAACACCAUAACAUCAGUAAUCUUCAACUUCAACCCUGAAAGAACUGAGCCACAAAAAUCUCAAGAUACAGAGAAACACACAGGAAAACAAGCUGCAGAGGACCAUAAAGCUGCUCUUCAUGAUUACGCAGAGAUCAGCCGCAGACUGAAGAAGAAAUUAAAACAGGACUACCAACAGAUAUUGAUUGGUAAUUCACAGAAGGGUCAUCAGCAACACCUGAAUGAUAUAUACACAGAUCUGUAUGUGGUGGAGAACGAGACUGGAGGAAUAGAGAGUGAGCAUGAGGUGAUACAAAUUGAAUCGAGUCGCAACAGAUUUGCCACUGACACACCAAUCAAAUGCAACGACAUGUUCAAAGUCCAGAGUGAUACGGGUCAACAAAACAGAACAGUGUUGACAAUGGGAAUUGCAGGGGUGGGAAAGACUGUCUCUGUCAAUAAAUUCAUCCUUGACUGGGCUGACGGAAAAGAAAAUCAGGAUAUAGUCUUCAUUUGUCCACUCCCAUUCCGUAGACUGAAUUUGAUUAAAGAAGAGUUCAGUCUCAUAGGACUGCUUAACAAAUACGUCUUUAGUGGUCGUGAAGAACUGCGCUUGCCCUCUCUUCCUGAAGGGGAUGGUAAAGUCAUGUUCAUCUUUGAUGGGCUGGAUGAAUGUCGCUUCCCUUUAAGCUUUAAAGGGGAUGACAGCUUUACUGAUGUUAAUGAAAAAACAACAGUGAGUAUCAUAAUAACAAACCUGAUCAAGAGACAUCUGGUUUCCUCUGCUCUCAUCUGGAUCACAUCCAGACCAGCAGCAGCCAGUCUGAUACCAAGAGACUACAUUGAUCAGGUGACAGAGGUGCGAGGAUUUAACGAUGAGCAGAAAUUGCAAUACUUCAACAGAAACAGCAGUGCUGAGGUUGCUGGAAACAUCAUCCGUCACAUCAGGAAAUUCAGGAGUCUGUACAUCAUGUGCCACAUCCCCGUCUUCUGCUGGAUAUCUCUUACUGUUCUUCGGCCUCUGCUGGGUCGAGAGAGCAAUGACAAAACUCCCACUACUCUCACAGGGAUGUACACAAACUUUGUACUUUCUCAGAUGCAGCAGAUGAAAAAAAAAUACAGUGAUGAUCCUGAAUCUAAGGCCAAUGAGAUUAUUAUGAAGCUUGGGAAACUGGCCUUUCAUCAGCUGAUGAAAGGCGAGCUGAUUUUUUACAAAAAACAUCUUGAGGAAUGUGGAUUAGAUGUCAGUGAAGGGUCAGUGUUCUCUGGGUUAUGCACUGAGAUCUUUCAGGAAGAAAACGCUGUUUUAGAAGGAAGUAUUUAUAGCUUCGUACAUCUUAGUGUCCAGGAAUUCCUUGCUGCUCUGUAUUCAACUUUGAUUGACAAAAAGGAGAAAGAAAACCUCUUUUUUCAAUCCUGGAUAGAAAAACUGACAUGGAAACUCUCUAAAAAGCCACAGUUUCAAUUUCAUAAGGCUGCAGUCAAGAAGGCUUUAAAAAGUGAGAAUGGACACCUAGACCUUUUCCUUCGGUUCCUGCUGGGUCUCUCAAUGGAGUUCAAUCAGAGUUACAUAAAGGAACUACAGCCAGAACUAGAGCUCAAAUCAGAGAACAUGGAAUACUCUGCUGACUAUAUCAAAAAGAAAAUAGAGAAGGAGAAAUCAGUGGAAAGAACCAUCAACCUCUUCUACUGUCUGACUGAAAUGAAAGUUGACUCUGUUGAGGAAAUACAAAAGAAACUGAGAUCAGGACAACUUUCACAUGAUCUCUCCUCUGUUCAGUGGUCUGGUCUGGUUUUCGUGCUCCUGAUGUCAGAAGAGGCUCAAGAGAAAUUUGAACUGCAGAAAUACAGAAGAUUUGAUGAAGCAGUGAUGAGACUGCUGCCUGUGAUCAAAAACACCAGAAAAGCACUGCUACAUAACUGUAAUCUCACUACUCAUUGUUGUAAGAGUUUGUCUUCAGUUCUAAAUUCUUCAGUCUCUGUCCUGAGAGAGCUGGACCUGACCAACAAUGACCUGAAGGAUUCUGGAGUGAAGCUUCUUUCUGAUGGACUGAAGAGCCCACACUGUCAUCUGGAGAUUCUGAGGCUACAUAACUGUAAUCUCACUACUCAUUGUUGUCAGAGUUUGUCUUCAGUUCUAAAUUCCUCAGUCUCUGUCCUGAGAGAGCUGGACCUGACCACCAAUGACCUGAAGGAUUCUGGAGUGAAGCUUCUUUCUGAUGGACUGAAGAGCCCAAACUGUCAGCUGGAGAUUCUGAGGUUGUCUGGCUGUAUGGUGACAGAGGAAGGCUGUGGUUAUCUCUCUUCAGCUCUGAGUUCAAAUCCCUCACACCUGAGAGAGCUAGAUCUGAGCUACAAUCACCCAGGAGAUUCAGGAGUCACGCUGCUCUCUGAAAAACUGGAGGAUCCAAACUGCUCACUGAAAAAACUCAAUGUGGAUCAUAGAGGAGAGUCCAUGAUUACAGCUGGACUACAGAAAUAUGCCUGUUUUCUCACACUGGAUCCAAACACAGCACACACUGACCUCGUUCUCUCUGAGAAGGACAGAAAUGUGACAAAUGUGGGAGAGAAACAGUCGUAUCCUGAUCAUCCAGACAGAUUUGAUCAUGUGUAUCAGGUGUUGUGUAGAGAGAGUGUGUGUGGACGCUGUUACUGGGAGAUUGAGUGGAGUGGAGAAGAUGGUGUGCGUUUAUCAGUUUCAUAUAUGAGCAUCAACAGGAAGGGACGGGGUGUUCAGUCCGAGUUUGGAUCUAAUGAUCAGUCCUGGAGUUUAGCCUGCUCUCCUGACAGAUACUUAUUCAGACACAAUGACAAAUAUAUUGAUCUCCCUGUAGAGUCCAUCAGCGGCAGUAGAAUAAGAGUGUAUGUGGAUCACAGUGCAGGAACUCUGUCCUUCUACAGCGUCUCUGACACAACGAGCCUCAUCCACACGGUCCAGACCACAUUCACUCAGCCGCUCUAUCCUGGGUUUACUGUUCAUUUGAAAUCAUCAGUGAAACUGUGUUGAUGAAUCAGAAUACACUGAUGAGAGAUUCUACCCAUAAUGCUUUGAGCUGCAUGAUAAAUCAGUAAUAGUGACAAUAAAGACAAUCUCUAAAGACAAUCAUUUAUUUCUACUGCCAUUAGAGCAAGUGUAUCAGCAAAUAACAUGUUUGAUGUCUUACAUAUGCUUGGUGUUUUAUGUUAUGCGUGGUGUGCUUUAUUUAGAUCUUUACCUAGUAACUUUCUUUUGAAUAGAUUGCCAUGUGUAGUAUCAUGUUAAAACGUAUUUCAAAUGCAGGAAGUUGAAAUUAAUUUUUUGUCGAUUUUCAGCCUCAUAUGAAUGAUGAAUACUUUUAUAAGAAGUUAUUAGAAAUAUUCCUCACAUGAUGGAUGAAGCAUUAAGUUAAUCUAUGCAUGAAGAAGAACCGUGCGGGGCGUGGCUUCGCCCUGUAGAGACAAUCUGAACAGAAUCCAGCCCGUUAAAACUCUGUGACACAAAGCUCAUUUGCUGCUGGAAAAACUUGGCUGCUUGAAAACUUUGGUCUCGCCUCACUGGUCGCGCUGCGAAGCGCCUACAGCCUUAACAUCAGGUUGACCAUCCAAGACUUCAACACUCCUUCAAACUUCUGACCAAAGAAACUUUCAAAGCCUGAAGCCGCUCAAGAACUUCAAAGCAUUAUCACCCUUGCAUCACCAGGAAGCCAACCAAUCGCAAAAAGGGGUUCCCCGAGUGACGUCACGGGGACGCAUCAGCAGCCCCAGGAUUUCCCAAACAGGAAGGAAAGGGAACCGGAGAGUACCUCUCAACUCAACUUAGAGCAAGUAACAAACUCUCUCUCCAUAUUUCUGAUGGAAACUGGUUGAAUUAAUCUUUAAGAAAAGAUACUAAAAUCCUCUGUUUGUGAUUUCCUCAGGCCGAACAUACAAUACUCUCAGAAAAGAGUAUUAGAACUUUAAACUUUCUUCAAAUCGCAAACCCUCCUGCCAGAACGUGUGUAUGUGUGUGUAUGUGUUUUGUUAGUAUUGUAUCAGAAUAGCAAAUAAACUUUCAUUUAUAACGAG